UGCUUGUGCCAGUGGAUUUUUACACAGUUCACAUGCUCACAAAAUGCAGAUUGCCUCAGAUAUAAAAGGACCCAACUGAACCAGCAAUACAAAUAAAAUCAUGGAUCAAGCCUAUAUGGGCAUGGAGGACGUAUCAGGUAGCAACAUAAAGUUGAGAAGGCUGGUAGAAACUUCAGAAGACAAUUCUAUCGAUGAUGAAAUGAGUCAAACUGUGCAAUGUGAAACGACUGGACUUGGACUCCCAGGUUCUGAAUUUGUAAAGAAGAGUUACUGCAGAGCUGCUGUGAUUCUUCUGGGUCUGCUGUGUCUUUUCCUCCUGAUUGGAUCUAUAACUGUGGUUUUUCUCUUCACCCAAGGCAAAUCUCAGUGGGAAAUGGACACAGUGUUGCUACACAGGCUUUACAACAACUUGACCAGCGAGAGAAACCAGUUACUGACCAGUUACAACAACCUGACAAUCAAACGAGAACAGUUACUGACCAGUUACAACAACUUGAAAACUGAAAAGGACCAAUUGCUGACCAGUUACAACAACCUGACAAUCGAACGAGAACAGUUACUGACCAGUUACAACAACUUGAAAACUGAAAAGGACCAAUUGCUGACCAGUUACAACAACCUGACAACGGAACGAGAACAGUUACUGACCAGUUACAACAACUUGAAAACUGAAAAGAACCAAUUGCUGACCAGUUACAACAACAAAGUUAAAGAGAGAGACCAGCUCCAGACAAGAUUUGAAGACAUGACCAAAAAUAGAGACUAUCUUCAGAGAAAGCUUCAAGAUUGUCGAGAAAACUGGGUGGCCUUCAGUAAUAGUUUGUACCAAGUGUCUUCGGUGAGGAAAUCCUGGGAAGAAAGCAGACAAGACUGUCUUCAAAAAGGUGCAGACCUGAUGAUUAUCAACAGCCGAGAGGAACAGAACUUUGUGAACCAGUUCAAGAAGAAUUUGUGGAUUGGACUGACUGACUCACAGACAGAGGGGACAUGGAAAUGGGUGGAUGGGACUCGAACGAGCACAAGCUACUGGAAUCGGAGGAAUGGUGAGCCAAAUGGUGGCACACAGCAAAAUUGUGGAGAGAUAGAUAAUUACAAUGCAGAAGACAGCUGGAAUGAUGCACCAUGUUCCAAUGGACAAUUCUGGUGCUGGUUUCCUGCCAAGUCUCUGAUGGGUUAGGGUCACCACCAGCCUCCAGAGUCUCCUUCGUUGCCACUGACGGCCAGUUGCUUCAUUGCAUUUGAUAGACAGCCCCUGGAAGAAUUACACUUCCUUUGCAGACGCCAGUCGGCAACUAAGCUGUAGCCUUCGUCCUUGCUGGCUCCUCCUUGGGCACCAGACACUGGCAUCCUGAAAGGCUUCUCUGUAGGCUUCCAACUCUGCUUCCUGGUGGGUACUAUCUUCUCAGUCACUUAGCCUUACCCUGCAAAGCUUCCCGGGAAGUCUU